GAAGAGUCCUAGGGAGAUGAAGCUAUUUUUGUUCGAAGCUGAUACUUCUGCCUGAGCCACAAGUGCUGCUUGGAAAGGGCUCAGGUUGUUUCCAGGGGGGGAGAACUCUGCAGAGAAGAGACAAAGUUCAACAGGACAACAAAGGAGCAGCAGAAACAGCCAGGAAAAGGAAGAGCCCUCACGCUUUCACACAGAGCCCCCUAUCAGAGUUCUCCAAACCUAAAUUAUUCUGCAAAGGGCCACUUGACCGGAACUUUUGCCUGCCUUUUCCUUUCUCCAACCACCAUGACUGAGAUCACGGCUGAAGGAAAUGCAUCUACAACCACAACUGUGAUAGACAGCAAGAAUGGAUCUGUGCCCAAAUCCCCUGGAAAAGUGAUAAAGAGGACAGUCACAGAAGAUAUAGUGACGACAUUCAGCUCCCCAGCAGCCUGGCUUCUGGUCAUUGCUCUGAUCAUCACGUGGUCAGCUGUGGCCAUUGUUAUGUUUGACUUAGUGGAUUACAGAAACUUUUCAGCAAGCUCUAUUUCCAAGAUUGGCUCAGAUCCUCUAAAACUUGUACAUGAUGCUGUGGAGGAAACCACGGACUGGGUCUAUGGCUUCUUUUCUUUGUUGUCUGACAUCAUCUCGUCUGAGGGUGAUGAAGAAGAUGAUGAUGGAGACAAGGACACUGAUAAAGGAGAAAUAGAGGAGCCUCCCUUGAAAAAAAAAGAAAUACACAAAGAAAAGACUGAGAAGCAGGAGAAAACUGAAAGGAAAAUACAAACUAAAGUUACACACAAAGAGAAAGAAAAAGACAAAGAAAAAGGAAAACCUGAAAAGAAAGCAAUUCACAAGGAAAAAAUUGAGAAAAAAGAAAAACCAGAAACAAAGACAGUGGCAAAAGAAGAGAAGAAAGCUAAGACUAGAGAAAAGACUGAAGAAAAGAUUAAAAAGGAAGUGAAAGCUGCAAAACAGGAGAAGGUGAAGCAAACAGCUGCAAAAGUAAAAGAAGCACAGAAAACAUCACCUAAGCCCAAAGAGAAGGACAAGAAAGAUGCUGCAGUGGUGUCCAAGCAUGAACAGAAAGAUCAGUAUGCAUUCUGUCGAUAUAUGAUUGACAUAUUUGCCCAUGGGGAUUUAAAACCAGGACAAAGCCCAGCCAUACCACCUCCAUUACCAACAGAGCAAGCUUCUGGACCCACUUUGGCAUCACCAGCUCUUGAAGAAAAAGAAGAAGAAAAGAAGAAAGCUGAGAAUAAAGUGACUUCUGAAACAAAAAAGAAAGAAAAAGAAGAUGUCAAAAUGAAAACUGAGAAGGAAACUGCCAUGGAUGUAAAGAAAAAAGAUCCUGGCAAAGUCCCAGAAGCCAAACAAGGGACAAUAAAAGUUGCAGCACAAGCAACAACUAAAAAAGAUGAAAAGAAGGAAGAUUCCAAGAAAACAAGAACAACUGCAGAAGAACUACCCAAGGGAAAAAAACAGGAAAAGAAAGAAAAACAUAUAGAACCAGCAAAGCCACCAAAGAAGGAACAUUCAGCUCCAAGUGAAAAACAAGUUAAAGCAAAAACUGAACGAGCCAAAGAAGAGGUUGGUGCUGCCUCAACUAAAAAAGCUGUACCUGGAAAGAAGGAAGAGAAAACAACCAAGACAGUGGAGCAAGAGAAUUUUGAUCACCAAAACCAGGAUUUGGCAAAAAUUAGAAAAGAAAAAUCCGGAAAGACGUCUUCAGUUCUGAAGGAUAAAGAGCCUAUUAAGGGAAAAGAAGUGAAGAUUCCAGCUUCCCUAAAGGAAAAAGAACCUGAAAUUAAAAAAGAUGAAAAGAUGUCCAAAGCAGGCAAAGAAGUCAAGCCCAAGUCUCCACAGCCACAAGUAAAAAAAGAAGAUAAGCCAGAGUCACAAGUUAAAAAGGAAGCAAAACCAGCUUCAUCCGAAAAAGCUCAAAUACACAAACAAGAAAAGACUGUUUCUCAUGGUAAACCAGAUGAAAAAGUUAUCAAGCAGGCAAAAGUUAUCACAAUAGAAAAAACAGUCAAACCCAAACCAACAAAAAAAGCUGAACAUCAAGAAAAAGAAUCUCCAUCUAUAAAAACAGACAAACCAAAACCAACUCCAAAGGAAACAUCAGAAGUAACAGCAUCAGUGAAGAAGAAAAUUGAAAAAUCUGAAAAGGAAAGUAAAGAAAAAGCAGAAAUGAAACAUCUUAAAGAAGAAAAAGUGCCAACUAGAAAAGAAAGUCUUCAAUUACACAAUGUGACAAAAGCAGAAAAACCUGCAAGAGUAUCAAGAGAAGAUUCUGAAGAUGUACCAGCUUCAACGAAAGCUAAAGAAGAAGCUGAAGAUGUGUCUUCCACAAAGAAGCAAAAAAGCCCCAUCAGCUUCUUCCAAUGUGUCUACUUGGAUGGAUACAAUGGCUAUGGAUUUCAGUUUCCUGUCACUCCUGCACACCGCCCUGGAGAGAGCUCUGGCCAACCAAGUACUCCAGAACAGAAGCAACAAGGACGAUAAGACACAUAUACACAGCCCUUACAAGUGCUUUAAGACUUUGAAAAUAGGAUCUUCUGUUUGUCCAGAGUGGCACGUGCAAUUGAAAUCAUAUAGUCCAGGGAAUUUCUCUGAAAAUAUUUUACCCUCCUGCCUGGUGUAGAAAGAAAGAGUGAGCAAAGGGAUCGAAUGAUAAGUAGACGAGUUGGAGGGUCUGGCGCUCAAGAAUCUGUCAUUUGUUUGUUGCUGGGUGUGGGUACUUAUAUUUUUCUAUUUCCACUCGCUGUAGGGUUGUUCACAAAUUAGGUUACAUUUUACUUAAUAAUGGUCUUUUAAACAUAAUUGACACAAUGACAAAAUGAAAUUUCUGGCUUCAGUUAGAUAUUUACUUUGAAGUGAAAACACGGACUAUGCUUCAAGUUUAAAGGGUGUAGGAGCUCAUACAAAGGCUGCUCUUUUGCAUCAUGUAGGUGUCUAAACUCAAUUUACCCAGUAAGCUGAUGUUUAAUAGUUUGUUUUAACAUCUUUAUUGGAUUACAAUUGCUUUACAAUGGUGUGUUAGUUUCUGCUGUAUAACAAAAUGAAUCAGCUAUACAUAUAUCCCCAUAUCCCCUCCCUCUUGAGCCUCCCUCCCACCCUCCCUAUCCCACCCCUCUAGGUGGACACAAAGCACUGAGCUGAUCUCCCUGUGCUAUGCAAGUGCUUCUCACUAGUUAUCAGUUUUACUUUUGGUAGUGUAUAUAUGUCCAUGCCACUCUCUCACUUCAUCCCAGCUUACCCUGCCCCCUCCCCGUGUCCUCAAGUCCAUUCUCUACGUCUGCGUCUUUAUUCCUGUCCUGCCCCUAGGUUCUUCAGAACCAUUUUUUUUUUAGAUGUUUAAUAGUUUGAUUUGAUUUCUGUCUAUCUCUAUUUUAGUUGUGACUAUGCUCUAAAAAUGAGUAACAGUUGCACCAAAGAAUGCUUUAAGUUCCUUAUGAUGCUCUUUUAGAGCUCAAAAUAUCUCUGACCUUUAGACAUGAUAAGAUGGAGUAGAAAUGUUUGAUGAAUCUUAUCUCUAAGAUUUGUCUUGAAUUACUAUUAGGACAUUCACUCCAGUGGAAAUACACCAUCCAGUUAGGCAAGUCUGGUGAAUCAUUUGUUUAAGUAUAAGCAAAUGAGAUGUAGAAUUGUCAGAUUUCUGCAGACUGUGCCCUAAUGAAAAUGUCACCUGGGUGAAAUUUUAGAUCAAUCACUAAAUUGGGGUGACAGAUACAAGAGUAUUUUCAUUUCACUUUAAUAGGAUCAUUCUAUGGAGUUAAACAGGUUUUAUUUCUCAAAAGAGAAAAAUAUGAAUGUCAUUAGAGGUGAAGGAAUACGUUUUAACCAUAAGUGCUUCACGAGAUGUCUUACUUAUUUUUUAGGUAAUUGGUUACCAGUGUCAGUGAAAUGAAUGACAAUCUUUAACUUAUUUUGAUGAUGCAUCAUUGGGAAUAACUACUAUAGUUUUGCCAUCCUUUUGUCUCCCAGUGAUAUCAACACUUGUGUUUUUUACCACAUUUUUCUAUCAACUCUAAAAGUCAUGCCAGGGAAUUCCCUGGUGGUCCAGCGGUUACGACUCUGUACUUCCACUGCAGGGGGGAAGGGUUCCAUCCCUGGUCGGGGAACUGUGAUCCCUCAUGCUGUGUGGCGUGGGCAAAAUAAUUAAAUAAAUAAAAGCAGAAGUCAUGCCACUGUGACCUUUAUCAUGUUUACAGUUGCAAUUCAACUUACGACACAUUAACUCAGGAAAUAAAUUGAGUUAUUCUUUCUGGCUUUAUAAUUAUCUUCAGCGAAGUCUGAAGUAGACAGAGCCGACACUAGCCAAGUCAUUUAUUUUCAAGGACUGCAACUAAGUUUUUUAGCUCCAAGAUGUAGAACUCUGUUUUACUAGAAUAUCAUUAGGGUAGGACAUUAGUAACAUGUUAAUUAUUAAUAAUGAAUUUUCAGUGACUUUUGUGAAAAGUUGAUCUUGGCCACAGGCUGGUGGACCUAACUUACACCACAAAAGCCAAUGGUACAAUGAACCAAGAUUAAUGACACUCCUUACGUGGGGUGCCUAGAAGUGUGUAACUUCAGUACUGACCAGAUGGUACCAUCUUGUAAAGCCUCUUCAUGUAAUAAUGAAAACUUGUGGAAAGGACAGUGGAUGAAGUUUAUUGCUCAACUGCUGCCCCAGCUUGUCCAGUUUAAUGACUAAAGGAAUAGAGAGCAAAUAUGACAGUUUUCUCAAUUUCAUAGAGAAGAAUGGUUUCAUUCUUUUCCUUCAGUGACUAUUGAGCAUUUACUCUUUCUAGGGCACUGUGUUAGGCACUGGACUAUAUAAGAAAAAUAUCAGCGAUAAAUUCUUUUCCCAGCGCUAUCCUGACACAAUAUGUGGCCUUGGAAAAUUUGCUAAACAUACUGCGCUUGUUUCCCUGUGUGUAAAAUAGGGAUUUCAGGACAAACAACCUUAUACCUCACAGAUGUACUGUGGAGACUGACAAAAUAUCUUAAUACAGAUAUGACAUAAAAAACAUUUUCCGAAAUAAUACUUUUGGAUGUGGCAGUACUUUUCCCUCUGAGUGCAUUUCUAUAUUAUUUUAUUGUUUCUUUCACGCUCAUUAUGAAAACUAUUUGAUAAAAAAGUUAAAUAUGACAAUUUCUUGUAAUUAGAAUUAGACAAAUGAAUUAUGAUGUUAACGAUAUUAAUAAUAAUUGUUAAGGUUUAUCUGCUUAAAGUUACAAUGAUAAGAGCACAUGAAAAAUAUUAACUAAACUCAUCUGUUCGUACGAGUCCAUCAAAUAAAGUAUUUCUAGUCCUUUCA